CGCUUGUGUGACGCGAGUCCCGCCUCCCCCGGUCUCUUCAGCGUCCCUUCCCCAGCGACAGAGCUAGGUUGUGAGUCCCCAACACGGAGCAAGAAUACUGACACCCGCGACUGACUGAAACCAAGGGGAAGAUGGAGCACAGAGACCCUCAUUUCAACAUAUUGUUAGCUACUGAUUCUUACAAGGUGACACACUACAAGCAGUACCCUCCCAACACCAGUAAAGUGUACUCCUACUUCGAGUGCCGCGAGAAGAGGCCUGACCCGACCAAGAACAGAAAAGUCAAGUAUGAGACGACGGUCUUCUAUGGCCUGCAGUACAUCACCAACAAAUACUUAAAAGGGAAGGUGGUGACUCCAGAGAAGAUCCAGGAAGCGAAGGAGGUCUACAGGGAACACUUCCAGGAUGAUGUCUUCAACGAGAAGGGCUGGAACUACAUACUGGAGAAGUAUGACGGCCACCUACCCAUAGAGAUCAAGGCGGUGCCGGAGGGAAGUGUGAUCCCACGGGGUAACGUCCUCUUCACCGUGGAGAGCACCGACCCAGAAUGCUACUGGCUCACCAACUGGGUGGAGACCAUCCUUGUUCAGGUCUGGUACCCCAUCACCGUGGCGACCAACUCCAGGGAGCAGAAGAAGAUUCUGGCCAAGUACCUGCUGGAGACCUCUGGCAACCUGGACAAGCUGGAGUACAAGCUGCACGACUUCGGCUACAGGGGAGUCUCCUCACAAGAGACGGCAGGUAUCGGAGCCUCGGCCCACCUGGUGAACUUUAAGGGCACAGACACGGUGGCUGGCAUCGGCGUGAUUAAGAAGUACUACGGCACCAAAGACCCCGUGCCUGGCUUCUCUGUGCCCGCCGCGGAGCACAGCACCAUCACGGCGUGGGGGAAGGACCACGAGCGAGAUGCCUUUGAGCACAUCGUGAGGCAGUUCCCCAACGUGCCCGUGUCGAUCGUCAGUGACAGCUAUGACAUCUACAACGCCUGUGAAAAGAUCUGGGGCGAAGACCUGAGGAGUCUCAUUGAGUCCCGCAGCGCUGACGCCCCACUGGUGGUCCGCCCCGACUCAGGGAACCCCCUGGAUACCGUGCUGAAGGUGCUGGAGAUCCUGGGGAAGAAGUUUAUCCCUACGGAGAACUCCAAAGGCUACAAAGUUCUGCCGCCCUAUAUCAGAGUUAUACAGGGGGACGGAGUGGACAUCAACACCCUGCAAGAGAUCGUGGAGGGGAUGAAGCAGCAUCGGUGGAGCAUUGAGAACAUUGCCUUUGGCUCUGGAGGGGCUCUGCUGCAGAAACUGACCAGGGAUCUGCUCAACUGCUCCUUCAAAUGCAGCUACGUGGUCACCAAUGGCCUGGGAGUGAAUGUGUUCAAGGACCCGGUGGCGGACCCUAACAAAAGGUCAAAGAAAGGUCGUCUGUCUCUGCACCGGACAGCGAGCGGGGACUUUGUCACUCUGGAGGAGGGCAAGGGAGACCUGGAGGAGUACGGCGUGGACCUGUUACACACAGUGUUUCAGAAUGGGAAAAUUGUCAAGACGUACACAUUCGAUGACGUCAGAGACAAUGCCAAGAUAACGGACAGUGACCUCAAGGAGCUCCUCCACUGAGGGGCCGCUGACGCCUGAACCUCUGACCUCCAUCACCCCACCGGAGGCGGCAUAUUGCCAAUGACCCCUUCCCUCAACCUCCACCCACCCUCCCAGAAGCACUGUCCUCCACUGGAGAGGAGAGUAGACCCCCCCCACACACACACACACACACACAAACACGUCCAAACCCACACCUGAGUGAAGGCCAAGGGAUAGAGAAGGUAGUGAGUGAAUGAGGAAAGGGAGAGAGGAGUGAGUGAAUGAGGAAAGGGAGAAAGUAGUGAGUGAAUGAGGAAAGGGAGAGAGGAGUGAGUGAAACCAGUAAGUGAUAAAGGAAGUUGAGUGAGAUAAAUGAGAGCGAAAGAGAUGUAAACAAACACACUGACUGUACCCUGUGUUGUGUGUACAGAGCUAUUUAAAGUAAUUAAUCAUCUAUUUAGCAUUGUCUUUUAGUGGUGGGUGGAAUGAUAUCGUGGGAUAGAAAUCAUUUCAACUGCGGUUACGUUAGUGUUUAUCUGACCAAGUGUCGCUAUAAACUGAUCACAGGAAAGGAGAUACUGUUUCUACUGUGUUCAGGAAAGUUCCAGAACGUUGUGUGGUUCUAGAACUGAGAGGUAUAUGUUUAAUGUUCCUGAGUGUGGAUGUUUGUGUGUGCGUGCUGACAGUUUCUUCUUCGUAAAGGAACGUUGUAUUCCUUUAUGCAAAUGAAUUUGCUGAUCAGGGGAACACAUACUCUACCUUUUUUAAGUUGUUGGCCUUUUUUAAACACAUUUGUCCCCGGUUCUUUAGAAGACACUGCCCACACGUGGGCAAGUCGCCAUCUAGAAGCCAACUAAUCAUGUUGCUAAAACACUGUCUGCAGAACUGCAGGACACAGUCUGUAUGUCUGAAAUGGCACCCUAUUCCCUUUAUAGUGCACUUUUUUUGACCAGUAAAAACUAGUACACCGUAUAGGGAAUAGGGCGCCAUUUUGGACUCGCAGAGUCCAAUCUCUCUCUUUGUGGCUCCUUUUUUUUUAUUUGUGUAAAAGUACAAAUAUUUGUUACACAUACAUUUUUCUUUGCUUUAAAGAACAAGAAGGCAUUUGUCUCCGAUGUUGAAUUAUGGGGAACAUUUCCGUAGAGCUUGAUUUGACUAUUUUGAUACCGUCUUGGUUGGUUCUUACCUCAGAAAUCAUCAUUUGUUAUGACAGAAGGUAAAUAUUGGCAGAAUAUUUUCAGUAAAUCUUCAUAUUUACAAGGGAUGUGGCCAAACUGUCUUCUCACGUGUAUAUAACGACUGAAUUAUACUGCGAGAGGACAGAGGAGGGAGAAAUAGUGUUAUUAUUAUUUUGGUCUAAUUCCCAUUUUCUACCAGAAUCUUCCACACUGCUUGUUUGUUGUAUGACGUGUUAUGUCAGGUUUUAGCAAAUGUUUGUUUGUGUGUAUAGAAUAGUGUUACAUUUCAGGUAACUUUUCCAGAAACCCAGAUUGAAAGAUUCCGGGAAUCAAGGAAGGAAUACGCAGGGAAUCCAGAAUCCUCUAAACAGGAUUUCGUGAUACUGGAAUUUUUCAAUCCUGGUGUAGUCUUGUGUGAAUGCUGUAGUGAAAAUAAUACUUGUGAAUUCUAUUUUUGUUUUGUUAUAUGUUGGUUGUCCCAUAUUAUCUGAUAUUUUAAACUAACAUUACUGUUGCAAUGUCUACAUAUUAAAAGCACCAUCCUGUCGAUUUGAAAUGUUUGAUGGAAUAUAUAUAUAUUUUGGUGUAUUUUACCCCCUUUUUCUCCCCAAUUUUGUGAUAUUCAAUUACGAUCUUGUCUGAUCACUGCAACUCCCCAACGGGCUUGGGAGAGGCGAAGGUCGACUCAUGCGUCCUCUGGAACAUGACCUGCCAAACCGCGCUUCUUAACACCCGCCCGCUGAACCCCGGAAGCCAGCUGCACCAAUGUGUCGGAGUAAACAACGCUUAACUGACAACCAAAGUCAGCCUACUGGCGCCCGGCCCGCUACAAGGAGUAGCUAGAGCACGAUGAGCCAAGUAAAGCGCCCCUGGCUAAACCCUCCCCUAACCUGGGCAAAUUGUGCGACUCCCGGUUACGGACGGUUCUGACAGCCUGGGAUUGAACCCGGGUCUGUAGUGAACCCUCAAGCACUGCGCUGCAGUGCCUUAGACCGCAGCUCCACUCAGGAGGCCCUUGAUUUAAUAUUUUGUUAUACAAGGGAAUCUCUUCUCUAGCUGCUGUCAAAUCAGUAUAAUAUGGUUUCCUUAAUGCAUUAGCAUUUAAUUAAAUAAUAUUGAUAUCACAUGUUGGAAAAUUAAAUAGUUACAACUUGUGUGAAUCUUUGGAUAAAAAACUAUUUGUGUUCUAUUCUGUUUAUUGGCCGGGCCCCUCCAAUGGGCCCCUCAUGAUUGAGUUCCAUAGAGGUCAUAUAUUCAUUCAUAUGUUUGUCAUUGGUAAAGGCAGAUGGUCAUCUGCACCAGUAUUUUCCUCAGAGUUGUACUGUACAAUUCAGUGGAGGCCAGAAGGGGAGGACCAUCCUCCUCUGAAUUUCAUAGAGCAUUUUUAUUGUAAAACAUUUAAAAAGUUAUCCUUUUUAGAUAAAACUAUACUAAAUAUAAUCAUGUCACCAAAUAACUGAUUAAAACACUUUUGCAAAGGUCUACAGUAGCCUCAACAGCACUCUGUAGGGUUGCACUGUUGUGUUGCUGGAGGACAGCUGGCUUCCAUCCUCCUGUGAUGGACAUUUUUAUCUUGUGAAAAGACAGCCUUGAAAAUGUUUGUCUUGUCUUGGUGUCAUAAAUAAUCCUUGGUUCCUGCCUGUGUUUGGUAAAGAUAUGGGGUGGGGGGGGACACAACCUCCUCCUUAGGACGAUCUGGCAGAACGCCCAGAGUAUGUUCUUUAAGUUAAAGAUAGGAGACAGUGCUAGACACAUGCCGGAACCAACCCUAUGAACUAUGCAUAUUUAACAUGUCUGUAACCAGUAUAUAAGGGAUAACGGGACUGCAUUGAGUUGUUUGGAACCUCUCCAGCGCGCUGAUAAUAAAGAAUGAUUCAUUGAAGAUUGA